AUGACCUCACUCAAGAUGGAUGAGCUAUUUUGGUGUACCUACUUCCCAACAACCCUUGAUGGCAAUGCGGGAACGUGGUUCAAGACACUCCGACAAGGAAGCAUAUAUAACUUUGGCCAACUAAAGUACCCGUUCCUCACAAAUUUCAUGCAAUUGCGAAAAUAUAAAGGCGACUCUCACUCGAUCAUCGGCUGCAAGAAUAAGGAAGGAGAAACGAUGAGGGAAUAUUUCACAAGGUUCACGAAUGCCACGCUAGACGUCCCGGGGCAUGACGAAUGUCUGAUAGACGGGGCCUUCACAUGGGGACUCUUUCCAGGACCCUUGUCUCAAAAAAUCAUGGGAAAGAAACCGCAAAUGCGAUCCAAGUUAAAGGAUAAAGUAGAACGGUACUUGAGGCAAGAGGAAAGAGAGGCAACAAAGCAGGCAUACCUAAAUGCCAUGUCGGCUCCUACAAAGUGCUAUAGCCCAACCCGUGCAGAAACGCUAAGCGGCAGCAGGCACUUCGAAUGA